AUGGAUGUUUCUUCCACUUCUGAUGAUGAAAUAACCCUCUUGAGCACUUGGGCCCUGACUGUCACUCAUGUGGCACGUGAUUAUACAGAACAGAAAUUCAUUGCAGAGAAGACAGGAGGAGCCCCAGUUAUACCUUCUAUGAACCUAGACACUGAUCUGGUGAUGGCUUGUGAUCGAUUGGUUGAUCGGCUCAUAAAGGCAUAUAAAAAUCCCAUUCGGAUGCCAAUUGAUAUUGCAAGAUAUAGCAAAUUGAUCUCCCCGAAGGACAUGGGGCAUAAUGAAGAGAGAGAGGAAAAGUUGCUCGAGAGAUGUCCUCCUGGCUAUGAGGGCACAAAGUUGAUUGACAUACCUGCGACAAUUCUUGAUGCAUCCGGUGCCAUCAUCGCAUGGUACCUCCCAGACGCCUUGACCGAUGCCACCCAGAAUCAGUCUGAUCUGGAGGUAUCUGCAUCAUUGAAGGGACCAUCUUCCAAGAACAUUCUCAAAGCCAUUGCGAGGCCGGCAGCCAUUGCCACAGUGGCACUCAGGGUGAUGCAUCCUGAGCAGUACUGGGCAGGGUUGCAAGCCUUUGGGAGCCUCGGAGAAAAGGCACGAGACAAGGAACUGCCGAAGAUGUCAGAGACUCUCCAGUACUGGGCAACAGUGUUUAACAGCCUCACCGUCAUAUGCAAUCGGGAAACCCUGAAUCAUCGAGACCCCUCAUCAAUUUCCAAAUGCUUCGAUAUUCUCACUAGUGUGGGGAAUUAUUCUAAUGCUCGGAUGAGUAUGCCAAGCCUUCAGCUGGAGUUCAGGUACAAUCUGGGGUGCAUGAUUGAGUUUUCGGGAAGGAUUGUCAGACAUGGGGUUCAUGCAGUGGAAGGAGAUCAGAUUGCCUGGGCAUGGUAUAUGAGGGAUGCUGUUCAUAUUUAUGCCGGGAUUCCGUCGUGUGGAUGGGCAAGGUUGGAUUGGAAGAAGUAG